AUGGACGCAUCACUUCUCACUCCAGAUGAGCUUCAUGAAUACGGUUAUCGCAAGUCAAGAAUCAUCGACCACACCUUGGACGAUGCCCGCCUUGAGACUCGCUGUCCCCUCGACAACGGGCGACACCACGGCCAACCAAAGUAUUCGGCGGGCAGGUUGGAUCUGCUCCCCACCGAACUCAUCGCCAAUGUUCUCUUAGCCCUGGAUCUGCCGUCUCUGACUGCCUUUCGGCGCGUAAAUCGACGGGCCAUGAGCCUCGUCGAUUCGUUGCAUCAGUACCGAAGGAUCUUUGAACACUGUCCCGAUAUCCUCCGCGCCAUCGUCAGCAUCGACGCAAAGCACUUUGACUGCGCCAGCUUGUUCAACACCCUGUCCACGACCAAGUGCGCAACGUGUGACCGCUUCGGCGGCUAUCUCUACCUAAUCACAUGCAAACGCGUCUGCUACCUUUGCUUCAUCCUGGAUCCCUUGUACUUCCCCGUGUCUGCCACACUUGCGACCAAGCGCACUGGUCUCUCAAGGAAAGAACUCAAACGUCUGCCUCAUAUCCUCGGUCUGCCAGGACGCUUCACGGAGCGCAACAAGUUGGUUAGGGGCAGGAUCAUGCUAUUGGACCGCCAGUCCCUGCGCAACAGGAUAUCGAGGGGUUCCUCUCAGGCAUUUGACGACGGGCUCCGGCAAGUAGACCUCACAACGAGAGAGCCUCGACGAUUCAUGUCCAUUAUUUCUGCACCUUUCUUCACCUCAUCAGGUCGUUCCGCUGAUUGGGGCUUCCAUUGCACCAAAUGCAUAGACAAUACGGAGCCAGCGACUCAUUUCAGAAAUAAGUACACGGAAAGUGCUUUUAUGGAUCACAUGGCACUGUUUGGGAUCAAUCACGGUGGUAAACGGUGA